CUUUAACUUUGCUUUUAUUAAAUCACUUUUUAAUUUUAAUUUUUUCGUUUUUUAAUUAAAAAAGUAAUUAAAAAUUACACAAUUAGAAUUUUUUAUCUUUUGGACAAAAUAAAAAAAAAAUGUUUUCCACGUUUGAAUUAAUUUUUAAUAGGUAUACGAAACAGACAAAUUUAGAAUAUUCCUCAUUCUACCAAAUUAAAUUAUGAUGGUAACGAUUUGUAUAUAGUCAAAAUAAACUGGUUCCUUGCAUUUUUAAUUAUAUAUAUUAAUAAUUUAGCAAUAUAGGUAUGUAUAUUGUAUUUAAAGUUAAUCAGUAAUUUAUUAACAGAUUUUCUUACGUAACUUUCAUUUAACAUUGAAAUACAUUAUUAACUCGAAAAUUUACCAAAAAUUGUGCUUUCUGGAGUGCAUUUCAAUGUCGCGUAUCCAAGAUCUUGCCAGCCUUCUUAAAUCACUGCAAUUAAUCACAGAGGCAUGUGCCAGAUUAAAAGCAAAAAAUAUCCAGUUUAUAUGGGCAAAUUCAAGUUUGCGAUAUGCCGCAGAAAAUUGUAAGAAAGCACCAACUUUUCAAGGGGUAAGCUCGGCUGAUAUCGCAGAAGGAAUUGGCCGUGUAAAUACAGUUCUUCAAGGAAUUAAAGUUUAUACCACUACGACCUUGGCCCAAAAAACAGAACUACCAAAAAUACCAACUGUUAUAGACGUAUUAACUGAACUAACUAAACCAAGUGUUUUACAUUCACAAAAGGAAAAACUUGAAAGAAAAUUAAAAGAAAAUAAUGUGGUAGACACCCAAAAAGUCGAUAAUAAAGAAGGGAUAGUGGAACCAGAACUGAUUAAAUUAAAGUCCCCAGAUAGGGUUUACAAAUUAGAACUUACAGAAAACGAUAAAUUAUUACUAAAGAAGUUAGACAUGGAACACAGGGCAAAGUUAAUCAAAGAACAAAACCGUGAAGAAAAUAAAGAUUUAAGGACUUCAGGUGUACUAAAUGAAAAGGAAGAAACGAAAUUAAAAGAAAAAGAAGCCAGUGGAAACAUUACAGCUGUUCCAAAUCCAAAAUCAAAGCAAAAGUUGAGCGACAAUGCUAAGCAAAGAAAAGUACCAUCUUCUCGAAUAGGCCGAAUGAUAUCUUUCGGCACACUAGCAGCAGGCCUAGGCAUCGGUACUGCGGCAGAAUAUGCUAAAAAGACAUUGGGUAUUGCGGAUUCUACAUCAUCUGAUCCCUCUAUGUUGUUUUUAAACAAAGCCAAUAUGGAUAGAAUAGUAGACACUUUGUGUAAAGUGAGAGGGGCUGCUUUAAAACUUGGUCAAAUCAUGAGUAUUCAGGACGAGUCUAUAGUCAGUCCGGAAUUGGCAAAAGCAUUGGAAAGAGUCAGGCAGUCGGCCGAUUUUAUGCCAGAUUGGCAACUGGAACAGGCGAUGGCUAACGAACUGGGCUUCGGUUGGCGUAACAAUUUCGAAGUUUUCGAAAACACCCCCUUCGCUGCUGCCUCCAUAGGUCAAGUCCACCAGGCCACGCUCAAAGAUGGCAGAGAAGUAGCAAUAAAAAUCCAGUAUCCGGGCGUAGCGCGCGGUAUCGAUAGUGAUAUCGACAAUUUGGGCGGCAUCAUGAAAAUGUGGAACAUUUUCCCAAAGGGAAUGUUUCUGGAAAACCUCAUGGUCGUGGCCAAGAGAGAAUUGGCGUGGGAAGUUAAUUAUAUCAGAGAGGCGGCGUAUACGAAGAAAUUCAAAGAGUUGCUCAGACCUUAUGAUUAUUAUUAUGUACCUGAUGUUAUUGAUAAUUUAUCAACAAAGCAAGUAUUUACAACUGAAUUAUUAGAUGGUGUCCCUGUGGAUCAAUGUUUCGAUUUGGAUAUUGAACACAGACAAUUUAUAGGUGAUAAAAUUAUGGAAUUGUGCCUUUUGGAAAUAUUGAAAUUCAGAUUUAUGCAAACCGAUCCGAAUUGGGCGAAUUUUUUGUAUAAUCCAAAUAAGAAACAGAUGCUUCUUUUGGACUUUGGCGCGAGCCGAGAAUAUUCUAAAGGAUUCAUCGAUCAGUACAUUAAAAUUCUUAAAGCGGCUUUCGACGAUGAUCGACAGGCCGUCCUCGAAGGGUCCAAACAAUUAGGUUUCCUGACUGGCUAUGAAAGCAAGAUAAUGGAAGAGGCCCACGUGGACGCCGUAAUGAUUUUAGGCGAAAUCUUCAGGGUAAAAGGAAAGUACGACUUUGCGCAACAGGAUAUGACUGGUAGAAUUCAAGAAUUAGCUCAAAUUAUGAUCGUUCACAGGCUGUGUCCUCCGCCCGAAGAAGUUUAUUCCUUGCACAGGAAGCUUUCCGGUAUAUUUUUGCUUUGCAGCAAGUUGAAAGUGUCGGUGGCGUGCAGGGAUAUAUUUUUGAAGUAUUACAAUGAAUAUUUAUCUGAAAAUCGAGCGUAGGAAGAAAGGUCAUCUUCAGUAUAAGCUACAAUCGCAAAUUUAAUCGAUAAUUAUUAAAUUAUUCUGUUUUUCAGAAAAGUUACAAUAUAACUAAUUUUCUAUAAAUUACAGAUAUUCUUGGGGUACUUUUAAUGAAAUUAGACGGUCUUUUUUAUACCCAUGCUUCAUAAGAAAUUAAUCGAGAAUCGCUUGUGCCAACGUUCUUUCAGGUCCAUAGCUGCGUUAUUCGUCCUCAUUCCUGUUUAUUUUUGGUCUUCUUCCAGUUUAUUAAUUUCUUUCUCUUAGAACAGUUUCUCUCAAUCACAUUCUAGAUCUUCCAGUCAUCUUAUAAUUUAGGAUAUUAUAGACAAUGGUUUUUGGUGUCCUCAGCUGCGCCUCAGUUUCUGUAUUGACUUUAUUACCUGUUUUUUCUAUACCCAUUGGCCCUCCUGAUAUCCUAAUCCGUCCGAAGCGCGGCGACACUGCUGCCCUUAAAGCGUGUUGUACCACUAUUAUUGGUCACUGAAGGUCCUACUGUCAUAUCUAUUCACCUACUCGUUUACCGGCAUUCACUCCACGUCCUAGAUGGUUAAACGAUAGUUACACCUCUAGUGUAGCUUCUUAACGAUCUCCCAUUCACAACGUGAUCGGAAAACUGACUGCUGAGCUGUUAUGCGAACGUGGAUGCACACUAAUCUCGCGACUUACCACUCCGGUCUUUUCUUAUAACUUGGGCCUUUGUAGGCAAUGGUUUAUGGCGUUCUUCACUCUGCGAUUCUUUCAAUGUGUCCCAGAUAGUAUUGUCACCUGUUUUUUUUUUUGAAGCAAAAUGUCCUUGUGAGUAUUUAAAGGAAGGGACAUGGUUUGUACAAAAAAAUAUAAGCUGAGGUCUUUUUUUAUUAGAGACUUGGUAGAAUGACGAAGAGGAUUUUUUUGUUACAAGCUCAGCGACCUUUUUUUUUAGAAGUUCAUUAGAAGGAUGUAUUGAGUUUAUUACCAGAUCUGUAGACACGAUUUCUUAUAGGUUUGACCUUUUUUAACCAUCUUAUUCUCUCGUACCCAUUAUUUUCCCACCUUUGUAAUCGUUCUUUUACUUUUUUGUGUUCCCUGAUAUUGUAAGCGUCAGCUAUGAGAUAGGGCAGCGUAUUUACAAUCCCUACCAGACCCACUCGUCAAGUGAUUGAUCACACUAAGUGAUAUUUUAGCACUGGCUGAGAUGGUGAUGACGAAAAUGCAAUAGAUGGUACUAUACGAAUUUUAAUAUUUGUGCAAUUACUUCAUAGCUGGCGAGUGCAAUAAUUAGCAACCGAUUUAAAAAUAAAUAAAAAUAGAAAAAAUAAUGAUAUUUUACUGAUUUACGGACUUUUUACUUAAUUUAUUCCGUUUUGUUAAGUUUUUUUUUUAGAACAGAAUUUAUAAUUAAUAAUUUAAAGAUAAAGUGAUUAAUAAUGCAAUAAUUGUUAUUAUUAUUUUGUUUAACAGUUUUUUAAUAAAGUUACACAAA